AUGGAGGUCCAUGCAUUGCGCUGGCGCUGCAACUCGAAAUCCCACGGACUGCUGAUUUUUCACACACGAGAUCUCUACAUAGAGCAUAUGCAACAAGCUCAUCGGGGGACUUUCAGUGAAGUUCAGCUCCGGGUGCUAGCUGACAGGAAUGCACGAGCUGUUGACCCACUUCUCGAGUCAUGUCCAUUCUGUGGCUCAACCGACACUCCGCAAGGGGGCACGAUAAUGGAGCAUAUUGUUGGCCAUUUGAGGUUUCUUGCUCUAAAGUCACUACCGCCUUACCAGGAUGAAGGGUCGGAAGAGUCGGAUGGCGGCAGCGCUACCUCACAAGCAUCGAAACCCCGUAACAGGAGCACCAUAGACAACGAUCCGGAUAGAUUUACACUCCUUAAAUUUGAAGAUAGGGGCAGCGAUACAGUCAAUGAGGGUCGCGGUGUUGAACAAGACAACACUUCGAGUGAUGGAUACAGCAGUUUGGCUUCGGAGCGUCCAGUUGGCCUUGCCAACAUGGCGUCGUUACCCAAUCUCGCUAGCUCAAGUCCAAUUGAGGAAUGGGACAAUUUCAUUCUUGGUCCUCCAACUGGAAGCAAUAACUCACAAGAAAGCGCAAGGCAAUUUGAAUGGGGAUUUGUGACAACUAGUAUGGAAAAAUAUGCGGCUGUCGAUGACCCAGUGCUUGAAGAAUUUUCUAGCAAACGACCUCAUCCUCAUCCGCUAUCCAUGGAUCGAUCUCAGGAAGAGUCCAACACAAAUGAUACGGCUAAAGGUCAUAUGCAUAGUAUACAUGACAUCCAAGCAAACAAAGCAGUCGUUCCGAUAAAUGAGACACCUCAACAGCCCCAUCCGAUGCCGGCACCACAGCCAGUGGAUAUGCCAGCCCCAGGAUAUGAAGCUCUUCAGCCAUCUGAGACACCACCAGAGAAGACACCAUUUGACACUACAGAGCAGUUAUUCUAUCCCACGCUACCGGUGCAGAAAACGCCUCCAUCGUGGCCAGUACAAACUGCAGAGGAAACCCGGCGGGACUCGGCAAAAUCCGAGACUGAUAGGCUAUCGGACGCUAACUCUGCAUUAAGAGCCCAUCAACAGAGCGAUGGAAAUCUCGGCGACCUCGAAUCAAGUAGCAAGAAGCCUCUGAGAUCUGAAAAAUCAGAAUUUACACAAGGGGAGGAUCGGCCUGGGUCACCCAGCUCACUCCUGUCCAUUCCGGACGUAUCAGAAAGUGACAGCAUUAGUCAAUCACCGUCGCCACUACAUGUCCCCGUGGCAGACGCAUCGGAAAUUGACAAAAUAAGUCCACCACCAUCGCCACUACAUGGUGAUUCUUCCAAAGCAGGCCAUAAGGAUAUUACUUCUAUGCAGCUUUCCGGGGAGGUUAGUGGCGUCUCUGAUGCUCCCGCUACUAAACCCCUACCCGAAGCCACCCCUGGUCCAGCCCAGGAACUCGGGUCUAUUCUGGCCGACAGCACAUCAGUGGGACAAGUUCACAGAUCACCCUCGAACGUCCCCAAAGGGAAUGCCAUCGAUGACUCCGUUCUGGAUGACAUGAUCUCACGACUUCUCAGUCUUAUCGAUACCUCGACUAAAAAGGGCCGUAAACGCCUAUUUAGCCUCGCCAGCACCACAGCAAAGAAAAGCCCCUGCAUUAACAGCAGCGAGAUUGAAAUGAUAUGUACUGCCUCUCGGGAGUUAUUUCUUUCGCAACCCACGCUCUUAGACCUCAAAGCACCCGUGAAGGUCGUCGGUGAUAUCCAUGGCCAAUUCGCCGACCUAAUCCGCCUAUUCCAACUCUGUGGCUUCCCACCCGCAACCAACUACCUCUUCCUCGGCGACUACGUGGACCGCGGGAAAAAUAACCUCGAAACCAUCCUCCUCUUACUCUGUUAUAAACUGCGCUAUCCGGAGAAUUUCUUCCUGCUACGCGGUAACCACGAAUGCGCAGGCAUAACCCGAAUCUACGGCUUCUACGAUGAAUGCAAGCGCAGAACAAACGUCAAGACCUGGAAGAAAUUCGUCGAAGUCUUUAAUUGCAUGCCUAUCGCUGCUCUAAUCGCUAGUAAGAUUUUCUGCGUGCACGGUGGUCUAUCGCCUGACUUGGUCGAUAUGGGGCAAAUUCGCCAGAUCACUCGGCCCUGUGAUGUCCCGGAUUCGGGCCUACUGACCGACCUGCUCUGGAGUGAUCCUGAGGAUACGGAAGAGGACUGGGGGGAAAAUGAUCGGGGCGUGAGCUAUCUCUUUGGCAAGAAGGUUAUUACCAAUUUUUUGCAGCGCCAUGAUAUUGAUCUUAUCUGUCGGGCUCACCAGGUUGUUGAGGAUGGGUAUGAGUUUUACCAGGAUCGUCUUUUGGUGACAAUUUUCUCGGCUCCGAAUGUAAGUCCUAGUCCCCCGCUCUGA